AGUCUACUCGGAGCUCCAGAACGGAGAAGGCGCUGUCGUAGUAACUAGUAUCUACUCGUUAAAAAAUGUAAAUCAGCGCUGUCGUGCAGCUACAACCGUAACAAAGAUUUCUCAGCCUGGGUUCCCACGUCAGUGUUAUUUUAUUAAGAAAAGCCGUUUUUUUCUCUGACCGAGUUGUUCCCAGCUCGCUGUGACAAUGUCGGCUGCCAUUAACUUCCAUUCUCAGAUUGCCUCCAUCAUGGAGGUGCUGGCUAACGCGGCUGUCGCGGAAAUUUGUAAAGUUGUGGACGACGGAUACGCAGUGGUCCAUUUGGAAAUGUCCCGGAGCCAGAAGGAGAACGAGUUCCUGCGCAAGAGAAUUAAACUUCUGGAGCUCCAGGUGGCCAGGUACAGGGGGAAAGGAGCCGAGGGCUCCAUCGGCUGCCGCUUCGCCGGGAUCCGACUCCUCAACCGGCAGAACAGGGACUCACUAGCGGGUCCCUCUUCGCAAGGCAAAACCAGGUUUCUGAACCGUGACCAAGGGACUCAGCACUCUGUGCAGAGGGUCGAGCCUGUCAACCGUGACCAGGAUCCUGAUCAGGAGGUCGUCAACACAACCAAAACUGAGCCAGCAGAGCCUGAGGAGCUGCUUAUCGUCAAGGUGGAGGGAAGGGUGGAGACGGAGCCCAUGAACCAGGAGCCGGCAGCAGACGCCUCCACCAACAGAAGAGGAGAGGACUAUAGCAACACGUCUGUCCCCACUGCCCUUACGGACGUCAGACCCUGCAGCGAAAUGGAGGACCAGAGAUGUCUGAAAGACACAGGCGCUCAGCACAAGGAGGACGACAUACAUGAAGUGGAAGGUGUUACACCAGAGAAACACAGUCCCUCCCAAACCCUGUUAGGGUGGCAGGAGAUCGGUGAAACUGAAGAUGAGGAGCGGCCAUCUUGCUCCACAUACACAUCAGAAACUGUAGCAGGAAACUCAUCAUUUAGCCAAAUAAGGACAAAUCUCGCCUCUAGUUUCCCCAUUGUUUCAAAAAGGCCUCAGUGCAACAUGGACAAGGCAAGUCCUCCAACUAAAGAAGGCGUCAUUGUGAUCGGCUCAUUUCCCAGUGCAGCGGAGGACAGCUGUGGCGGGCCGCUGUCGUCUGGGCGAGGUGGAGAUGACGGAGAUGAGGGAGUGAAACCUCUCAUAGGUCAGGACGACACCAGUGUGAGGUCACAGUAUCAGCCACUGCUGUGUAUUGAGAUCGAUGAGCCUUCCAGUGAAGCGAUGUUUAAAGGUGAUGCAGCCCACAAUCUUUAUAACUUUAAUACUCCAGUUGCCGGGGCGGCAGAGGACUCCCAGCAACAGGAAACCCAGCAUCCUUGGUCUGGAAUGCAGCCGACAGUAAAUGACCACUUCUCCAGUCAGAACCACCUUCAUCAAGCAUCCACCAUUCAAAACCAGGAGUCUGAGUCAGCACAUUGCCAGCAGCCAUGCCUCCCCUAUGCCUGUGCCUUCUGUUCGCGGCGCUAUGCCCACCAGUGCCAGCUGCGCAUCCAUGAGCGCGUCCACACGGGGGAGAAGCCAUACCAGUGCACCCAGUGCGGGAAGAGCUUCGGCCAGGUCUGCAGCCUCAAGCGCCACCAGAUGGUCCACACGGGGGAAAGACCGUUCCCCUGCCCCCACUGUGGGAAGCAGUUCUCCACCUCCACCAACCUGAAGGUCCACCAGACUGUCCACACUGGGGAGAAGAGAUUCCACUGCUCCAAGUGUGGCAAGAACUUCUCUUUCCUCAGUAACCUCAUAAGGCACCAGGCUCUGCACACUGCUAAGUAGAGCAAAUAACACUUGAAUGAGUCUGAUUUUUUUUUUUUUUUUUUUGUCAUUUACUUUUUAUUGGUUUUUGAUUUUACAUGUAAAUGAACAAACAAACAAUCAACAUGAAGACCUAUAGACAAAUACAGAAAAUAUCAAGGGAAAAGUAAAAGCAUACAAAAGGGGAUUGGAAAACACCUGCAGUCGUGAAAGUGGGGGAAAAAAACAAAGAGAAAGGUACAAAGAAAUGAAAGUUUUCUGAUAGUCCAAUCUGAGAUUACCUGAAAUUCGGAUUUAUGGUAGAGACAUAUGUAAUCCGUUUUUGACAAUUUUCAAUAAAUACCUCUUUUUAUGUUCUUAGAUUGAAAGUAAUUAUUUCCAUUACAAAUACUCACACUUAUCAAUCUACUACACAAUAACAAUCCAUUCAUCUGCACUAGGUGCCUCCCUCUUCAGCCAUUUCUACGUUAUUAAUUUUCUUACAGGCCACCAGUAAUAUUCUCAGUAAAUAUUUAUCUUUAUUCCUCCACUCCAGUUCCUCUAGAUCCACCAAAUAUAACAAAUUGAAACAAAACGUUUUUUUUGUCUCUAGAAUUUGAUGUACGCUUAACCAAAAUGGGGUCCGAAAAAAGGGCAACACCAGAACAUAUGAUAGUGAUUCUCCUCUUUGCUUCCACAACAUCUACAACAUUCUGUCUGAUUGAAAUAUGAUCUCUUUUGAUAUAGCGAAUGAGAUUUUUCCUUGAAUAUUCUCUCCAAAGUGGAGAAUUUGUUGUUUUCCAUUGUUGUUUGAAAAUUGCCUUCCAGUUCUCCUGUGAGAUUAUGAUGUUGCCUUCAGUUUCCCAUCUUGAUUUUACAUUAGAUACGUUUUCUUUGUUAAGAGAUUGAAGACUUGUGCAUAAUUUUUUUUAAAUUAUCUUCUUAAAAAGUUCAUCUUUAUAAGCUUUUACAAAUACCUGUAGAACAUUGUUUUCAGGUUCAUAAUUUUUUAUAAUUCUGUGCCUGAUAUAGUCUCUUAUUUGUAGAUAUCUGAAGAGGUCCUGGCUGAUGAGUGUGCUUUUUAAACCCACUGUAUGUACGUGAGGGAUGGAGCAGCUGUGGCUCAGGUGGUAGAACAAUCAUCCAGGUUGAAGGUGGUUCAAUCCCUGGCCAUGGUACUCUACGAAGUAUCCUUGGGCAAGAUACUAAACCCAAAUUGCUCAGGAAGUGUGCAGGUGCAUGUUUAGUUAUUGAUGAGCAGCCUUGUAACCUUGGCCUUAGCCAUGGUGUCUGUACCAAUGGAUGAAUGAUAAUCUGUAGUGUAAAACAGUGAUUCACAACCUUUUUCUUGAGGGACCCACAAUUUUACCAUUGUAAACUUUGGCAACCUCCUUUUUUUGGGCUAGCUCACUGAGUUUUCACUGCACAGUGAUGUGACACAUAUCUUUGUAAUCUGCAUAGUUUCUGUUUUCAUGGGACACCAAGUUUGUAUGGACUUUCUGCUUUAAGAGGUUAAAUUUACACUUAUAUCAGGGAUGGGCAACUGGAGACCCAGGGGCCGCAUUCGGCCCGCACCCUCACUUGAAGUGGCCCUCAGUACAACUACAAGCAUUUGAGCAUGAAAUCUUAAAAGUGCAGUAAGUGGUUAUUUUUGAUUUGCUUCAAACCUUUUGUAUUCCUAUUUAUACUGUUAUACAUGCAUUUGAGCAUUAAAUAUGUUAAGUUACUGCACUGCAAACAUUUAAAAUUGCAGUUUCAUCUUAUCUGGUUAAGUGCAUGGUCCUAUAUGUGGCCCUGUGGUAGUGUCCAUGAAAAAUUGUGACCCCCUCCAGCAUUUAAGUUGCCCAUCCCUGACUUAUAUGCUAAAUUACUUACUUUUGAAAAUUGCAGAUAUUCAAGAGCAUUAAGCAUUGCCAUGAGUUUGUAGAUUGGCUUUUUUUUUCUUCAAAUUUAUAGGUAUAAAUUUAACCCAUUAGAAGAUUUAUUACACCCCUUAAAAUCAAGAGGGCUUCGCGACCCCCCGUGGACCUUUGGCGCCCCCCUGGGGGGGUCGGGCCCCCCCGGUUGGGAAUCACUGGUGUGAAAGCACUUUGAGUGGUCGCUAUGACUAGAAAAGUGCUAUACAAGUGCAUUCCAUUUACCAUUUACAAAUGAACAUGUAUGCUCAUCCAGUUGCUUCCAGUCAAAAAUGCCCCAGUUGAAACCCAUUAAAAUCAAGUUUUUUGAUCCCACGACCAUUACAGCAUACAGUAGUGUUUUCUUUUACAUCGGGCUUUUGAUCUGGCUUCAAAAUUGUAGUGUUUACUAUUAUACACUAGAUUUAUCAACUUCCUCCAGUUUUCUCAUCGGGCAAAUCCAUGUUAUUUUCCUGGUUUCUACUAGGGUUACUGCUGCUGUAUGAUGGAGAACUGCAGUGUCUGAUGCAUCAAAGAUACUGAAUCCUCCGUCUCCUAAGUGGCUGUGAUCGCCUGUCCCACUAGCAUUAAGUAUACAAAAAGUUAUUUAUUAUUCUGUUUGUUACAUUAAGAAAAGCUCUCAAAAACCCAUGGCAUUAUACAGUGGUCUUCAUUAUAAUAGCAGCCCAAUGUGACUAACCAGAUGAAUCCACGUUUUUAGUAUAUUUGUAUUGCUACAUGGCAAACAAGGUUUUGCUCUCCAUUUUAAAGCAUUGGAGAUCAUUUUAGCUGAAAAGCCUAUAAUUGUUUGCACCUCUUUAUACAUUUUCCCCUCUCCAAUCAACUUUUUAAUCAAAGUACGCUGUUCUUCUGAACAAUGUCUUGAAUGACCCAUUUUCCUCAGGCUUUCAAAGAGAAAUGCAUGUUCAACAAGUGCUGCUUCAUCCUUAAAUAGAGGCCACCUGAUUCACACCUGUUUUUUCACUAAAUUGAUGACCUCACUGAUUGAAUGCCACACUGCUAUAUUUUUGAACACACCCCUUUCAACUAAUUGCCCAAUUACACAGCCUUGAGAGCGUGCAUAUCACCAAUGCUGGGUCUUGUUAAUCUACUGCACCUACUGGUACCUUGUUUGCCAUGUAGCAAUAAAAAAUAUACUAAAAACCUGGAUUAAUCUGGUUAGUCACAUUGGACUGAUAUUAUAUAUUGAACACUACUGUAUUAACACACUGGCAUUAAAAGAGUUAAAAUUCUGAAAAUGAAUGAAUAUUUGGUGGUUAUGAUCAGGACUUGUCAUGUCAUAUCAGGCACGUCUUUUUAUCCUUUGUCUGACAGUUACUGACCCAUAAAAAUAGUAGCUCAC